UAAUUUUACGUGCAUGUUUAUUAUGCGAUGACUAAAAUGGUGGUCAUACAAAUUAUAAUCGGGGCUUAGAUAUGGAUUUUGUACAUAUCUAUGAUUGAACACCUUUAAUUUAAGUGUAAAUUUAUUUACUUAAUACGAUUACGUGUUUUAGUGUUUUCUUGAAAAUUAGUGCCUGAACAUUUAGGUUUUAGAAAUGUCUUCAGAUGAAGAAAAGCCCCCAGCACCUCCUGUUCGGUUGACAUCAAACAGGGGCACCGAAUCAGUUAACAGUCAAAUAGCAGUAGAUAGACCACUACCCAAAGAACCCGAAGACGCAGAUAAGAAAAAGAAAACGCCGAAAAUGAAGAAAACUGCAAAGCUGUCCGGGUACGCGUCGGACAAGCCCAACAUCUCUUAUCCAACCAAUUUUGAACACACUGUUCAUGUGGGCUUUGAUCCUAUUUCUGGGGAGUUUACGGGCAUGCCUGAGGCCUGGUCGCGACUUUUAAUGAACUCAAACAUCACCAAACAAGAACAAAAGAACAAUCCGCAAGCAGUCGUUGACGUUCUUACCUUCUACGAUAUUAAUUCGAAGGAACCUACCAACACCAAGUAUAUGACAAAGACCACUACCACUACGCAUUCUGGAUCAUCACUGAGUCGAGUGUCAAGCUCGAGUCCCAGCAGUACCACGCCUACCGAUGGUGAGAGCGGGCCCGUGUUUCACAGUCAAGGGUUCGCGCCAAAUUCGGAGAUCGAGGACGAAGCCCCCCCGCCCCCGAUUGCAAGCAGGCCAGAACGCACCAAAAGUAUCUACACCAAGCCGAUCGAGGAGGCGAACACGACGGCGCCGCACGCGUUGGGCACGCCGCCGCACAGCCUGAGCCCGGCGCACGCCGCCCCCAACACCACGCCGACGCACGCUGCCGCCGCCAACUCGAACGGCGCGAGCACGCUGGCGGCGCCGCUGCUCGACCGCAACAAGAACCAGGCGGGGCCGGAGGUGUCGCGGGCCGCCUCCGAGAAGCGCAAGAAGAAGAUGUCGGACGAGGAGAUCCUCGAGAAGCUGCGCUGCAUCGUCUCGGUGGGCGACCCGACGAGAAAGUACAUCAAGUUCGACAAGAUCGGACAGGGGGCUUCCGGUACAGUAUUCACUGCGAUAGAUAAUUCAACUGGGAUGCAGGUUGCGAUAAAGCAAAUGAACUUGUCGCAGCAACCGAAAAAAGAACUGAUCAUCAAUGAAAUUCUAGUCAUGAGAGAAAAUAAGCACGGCAACGUUGUAAAUUAUUUAGACAGUUAUUUAGUGAAUGAGGAACUCUGGGUUGUGAUGGAAUAUUUACCAGGCGGUUCCCUGACUGACGUAGUUACUGAAACUUGUAUGGAUGAGGGGCAGAUAGCCGCCGUGUGUCGAGAGGUGUUGCAAGCGUUGGAUUUUCUGCAUUCCAAUCAAGUCAUACACAGGGAUAUCAAGUCGGAUAAUAUCUUGCUUGGGCUCGAGGGAUCCGUCAAACUAACCGAUUUUGGUUUUUGUGCUCAAAUUAGUCCCGAACAAUCAAAACGAACCACUAUGGUUGGGACACCAUACUGGAUGGCCCCUGAAGUUGUGACAAGAAAGCAAUAUGGGCCUAAGGUUGACGUUUGGUCUCUGGGUAUUAUGGCCAUAGAAAUGAUAGAGGGCGAACCGCCGUAUUUGAACGAAAAUCCCUUGCGCGCCCUCUACCUUAUAGCCACCAACGGAAAACCCGACAUCAAGGACAAAGACAAGCUAUCGAAGGUCUUCCAAGAUUUCUUAGACGAGUGUCUGGCCGUCGACGUCGACAAAAGGGCGUCUGCGCGAGACCUACUAAAACACCCGUUCUUAAAACAAGCGAGGCCGCUUACCAGCUUGACGCCUCUGAUUCUGGCAGCUAAAGAAGCAGCCAAGGGGCACUGAUAGUUAUUAUAAAUGCCUUUGGGGCAUUUUACGUAAAAAUAUUAUUCCCCCCUUCCCUUUAACUUUCGGCCAGGGUCAACCAUACCCCAAGUUAUGCUAAAAUAUACAAAACUAUUUUUAUUCUUAUCAAGUUAGAAUAGUGUUUUGGGUUGUGGUGACCCCAGUGUGAUUCUCCUGAGGUGCGAUCGUUAAGGGUCAAUUUGACAAGUGUGGUGUUGCAUUCAAUAGGUAGAAUGCCACGUACAUAAUCGUGCCGUAUAGAUUGUGGGCAUGACGACUUUUGACUAACCAAUUACAAUUAGUUUGUGGUAUAAGAAACGCUGCUAUUGGAAAGACAAAACCGGGAAUCUAUGCAGCAUUUUUCAACGGAUUUGACCAUCCUGUAUUAUGUAUUAUUGAAUCAAGGUAAAAAGAAAUAGCAAGCAAAUCAAAAAGUUUCUUGUUUUAUAGUUUGUAACGUGUCCUAUGGUUGGUAGUUAUGGCUUAUUCUAGCUUUAAUUUACCAUCUUCAAAUAAUAUUAAUUUGUAACCUCUUGGGUAGGGUUUUAAAAUUUCCGGAAAAAUUGAGCCGGCGGAAAAAAACUGAAAAUUUUCAGAAAAAUUGACUUGCAUUUUUUUCAUUUUAUUCAAUGGCUAAUACGAAAAAAAUGAAGUGAAUUUUUCGAAAAAUUUCUUAAUACACUGGUAUCAAACAGUGAAUUUUGAUUGAAUCAUAUAUACAAUAUAUCGAUGACUUUCUGCCAAAGUAUCGCAAGCAAAAUAACUGAAAUUUCGGGAAUUGAAA